AUGACUCUGCCGCGAAUCGCGACGAUUUGUGUGAUUGGUGGAUGUACGGCGAUCCGGGAGAAUGGGGCUUUGAAGAGUAUCGAGUCUAUUGAGGUUGAUGCCCGAUCGGAAGCCCCGGGAGAGCGCCUGAAAAGGAUCGAAACAAAGACGAUGGGUCCGCUUCAAAUAGCCAGACGAGCCCCUUCGGUUAUGAAGAUGUCAAAUGGAUCGAUUCUGGUUGCCGGUGGUUGUUCUGGGCCGGGGGCGCACGAGGGAUCGAUAGAAAUUGUUUGCGGCACCAAGAGCACGUCAUUCGAUUCUCUUCUCCCACCGCAUAGCUGUGCCGCAUCUUCGUCGAUUGAUCCUGACGAAUUAUUGAUCGUGGGCGGCUAUGAUGGAUUCGAAUGCUUGAACCAAGUUUCGCUAGUGAAUGUGGCCAACAAUAAGCAAUCCGUCACGAGACUCCCGACAUUUGGCUCCCCGCUAAAGAAUGGUGCGAUGGUGAACGGUGGCAACGGGGAACUGCUAAUUUUUGGAGGUUGGGAUGGCACCAGGACGAUGAAAUCUAUCUUUCGGAUGAAGCUAGCGGAGAAAGACGCCAGCUUGGAGAUGUGCGGCAUUUUACCCCAUCCAUCUGAGGGCCACUCGGCAAACGGGCACCAAAAUUCGGUGUUUAUCGUCGGCGGAUAUGAUGGAUUUGCUGUCACGGAUCGCAUUGUUCGAUUUGAUACCACCAACUCAACGGCUAAAGUUCUGGACGUGAAGCUGGAGGUGGCGCGUGAAAAUCAUACGGCUCAGAUAAUCGGCAACUAUCUGGUCGUUUUGGGUGGCUGGGAUGGGCAUAAUGCUUUGGAUUCCAUCGAGGUAUGCCGCAUGGCGCGUGACCUCCAAUGGAAUCCGAUUUCGCCCGAUCUGCUACUCACCGAGCUAACGAGUCUCGAUGAGCUGUCGUUUCCCAGCUCGUCUAGACGAAUUCGGUACACAUGUGUCGCCGUCUCCCAACGAUACCUAAUUGUCGGUACGUGUUCCGGCACUGUCUACGUCUUUAGCAGAUACGCAUCCCGCCAUCGCUCAAAACUCGCUUCACUCCCAGUCAGCAUUCUGACCAUCCGCGAUGGGUCCGUUAAUAAGUUGCUGAUUUCCCCCAGUGAAAUGCAUGUCGCAGUGGGAAGUGAAAGUGGCCGAAUCUCGGUAGCCUCGCUUGGGCCCGCAUCUGCAACCGCAAGCCCGGCUCCAGCGCUCGUUUAUACAGUUCCUGGAGACGUGCGCCGACCAGAUCGAGUGACCGCACUUUGCUGGGCCGCUCAAGGCGAUGUCCUAUUUGCCGGCCAUUUCACCGGUCGCGUGGUGCAGCACAAGAUUUCGUCUCGCAGCCUCUUCCGCACCGUCUACGAGCAGGUCGCCCAAUUCGAUGGGCCGAUUGUGCAGGUCAGCUACUCGAUGGGUCGGCUUCUGAUAUCGGGCAACUCGUCGACAUUUCUUGUGCCGUUGGAUACGCGUGAAUCUGUACAGGUGGGGACAAAGGUGCGCAACGAGCUGAUGGGUGGUUGUUUCGGCGGGCCCGAUGGGGAUGAUGCUUUUAUUAUCGCUGCGAGGCCACACGGCCGCUUGUGGGAGGCGAAUCUUGUCGGGACAGUUUAUCGCGAUUUCACCGAGCCGAACCAGUCGACGCCGUCGAUCGACACCUCGGGCGCCAUGGCACCGUCACGGCUUUGGAAGUCGAGGUGGCUAGAG